AUGUCCACCACCUCCUACUCGAGCAGCCACAUCUACAAACCUGAAGAUCAAAAGAAGAAGAAGAAAAAUAAGCUGAGCAAUGAAAGGAAAAGAGAAGAGGUACGAGAUAGCCACCAGACUCCAUCUUCAAUGUGGCUCCUGGAAGCUUGCGUCACUCCACAAACAGCAAAUUCUCAAAAAUGGCUGACCGAAUUCCUUCCAAUGUCAACCCAACUGCUCCUCUCGAAUCGUCCCGCCUAUCUCAUCGUUCGAAAUUCAUGGAAUCCCGUUCCCUUCGAACACUAUCCAUCACGACCUGCCACGUGUCAAUUGACGACGUCUGAAUCCGAAAAGUACGUGUGGACGGAUGCGAAGGUUUGGACGACUUCAGAGAUUCGUGCCACGUGUGAAGAUUGUGAUUUUGUGUCGGGCAACAUGUGGUUCUACAUCCCUUCCGGAGCACCGAGAAGUCCUGACGAGCUCUUCGCCAAUGUCUUCGAUCCAAUUCUAAACUGGAAUUGUGCUCCGACGGGCGACGGUGAGGCCAUUGGAUGCGCUGAGGAUGCGUUGGCACUGCUCUACUGGAACGCUCCUGGAGACGUGAUACAUUUGGGUGCCGAGGAUUUGAAGAAAAUCGCUCGUCGCCUCGGGAUCGUUAUCGAGAACGAGGACGCGAUGGUCAUCGACUGCCUCGAGGAGGAUUUCUCCGGUGGUGCCACGUCGUCUGAAGACGAUGAAGACGUUCCACGCCGAAUUCCACUUUUCGACUGGUUCUGGGUGGGCAUCGCGUUGAUCGUGCUGCAAAUGCUGUACUUAGCAUCGAAAUUCGACUUUUUCCGCGACUGGUUCCCUUGA